AUGGCUGGCACCAACGGCCAAGCUCCACCAACAUCACAAGCAGAGGCACUCCAACCUUCCAAAAAGCCCCUCAUCCCAAACUCCACAAAACUUCUUCUCGGCGGCACCGUUUUCUUCGCCUUGUCAUCCCUCAUAACCCGCCGCGCCUUUCUGCGCAAGCGCAUCAGCACACUCCCGCCCACCUACACCAGCGCCCCCUUCCACCGGCCAUCCGCUAACGGAGGCCUGGAGGCUCUCGAAGCACUCAACAUCGCAACAAUAAAUGUUGCUAGCGUUGCGAUGAUUGGCGUCGGCGCAGGCAUGUACGCGUUCGACAUUGAUACCUUGGAGGAUUUGAAGCGGAAGGUGAGGAGCGGGAUGGAGCUUGAUGGCUCCGGAGAGUCGGAGCAGCAGGUCGAGGAGGAGUUGGAGAAGUGGGUUGCUAAUGUCAUGAGUUGGAAGGCGGGGAAGGAAAAGAAAGAGAGUGAGGUGGAGCGGAAAUAA